AUCACAGAAGUAGGAAUUAUAUUCACAAGCUUGUCAUAAUAAUCUUUAUUUAAUAUAAUACACAUACAAGUAUUAUAAAACUUUUUUUUCUCAGUUAGGAUAUGUUGAAAAAGAUAGCCAGCUUCAGAUACAGACAUGCCCUGGUGCAGUUCCUGAUGAGGACAAACUACCUACAACAACGGUUGCACAAACAACAGUAGCACAAACGACUUUUUUAGCUUCUACCACGCCAGUACCAACAACUACAACAGUCGUUUCAUCAACACCGAAAGCAACAACGACAACAACUCAAACAACUACUGUUCCCACAACACCUGUGGUGACUACAAGAGAAACGACUACAACGACACGACCCACAACCACAUCUUCUACGACUUUAGCGUCCACUACGACUUUAACGUCGACACCUGCUCCUUCAACAAGUACUCUGUCUACUACUACCACACAGAGGCCUACAACAACAAGAGCAACAAAAGUGACAACAAGAGCAACUAGUGCAUCCACAACAACAAGACCAACAUUAUCCACGACCACACUCAAACCUUCUACAACACAGAUGAGUACAUUGCGGACAACUACGACAACAAGAACGACUACGACAACUAAGCAGAUGGCUACACAAAAGCCAGCUACCCUUCAAGGUCAUAUUGAACUGUGCCCUAAUAGAAUACAGCAUCUUGCGAAGCAGCCCGGAGAACUGAUAGCACAGUUAGGAAAGAGUUGUUACGAGAUUGUUCAGGCAGCUGUAUCCUGGUCUCAUGCUGAGUCAAACUGCAAAAGUAAUGGAGGGCAUCUGAUACAUAUAGCUAACCAACAGGAACAAGACUUUAUCAACAACUUUCUUGUUAAACAUCAUAGUCAUGGAGUAUGGUUAGGUCUACACGAUAGAAAUCAAGAAGAAAAUUUCGAAUGGACGUCAGGUACUUCCAUAACAUACACAAAUUGGAAGCCUGGGCGAAAGGAUUACAGGUAUCACAAUUCCGAGGAUUGUGUUUAUAUGUCACCAUCGACUGGACAGUGGGAUGAUGUACGAUGUGGUGGUGAUACUUCGUUGUCAGAAUUCUUUCAUACACGUCAUGCGUAUAUAUGUCAAUAUGCUACAGUUGAUGCGACAGUUUCCGACGGUAACAUAAAUCUGUGCUCCUAUAGCCUUCAUCUUCAAGCAGAGAGAGACAGAGGCGUUCUUGGACAAUAUGACCACAGUUGUUACGAAAUUGUUCCAAACGCUAAGGUUGCUUGGCAGCAUGCUGAGGACAUAUGUCAUAGUAGAGGAGGUCAUCUUGCCUACAUAAGUAGUCUACAAGAACAAGCAUUUAUCCAAAGAUUUCUGAACAGAUAUUCUCCAAGCCAUGCUGUUUGGAUCGGGCUUACAGACCACAACUCGGAGGGACAUUUUCGGUGGACAUCCGGAGCUCCUGUGCAGUUUACAAACUGGAUACCUGGUCACUUAUCGAAUUAUGCUAGUUCUAGCCAAGAAGAUUGUGUGGCACUUAUACCAUAUAAAAGUGGGCAAUGGGAUGAUAUACCAUGCGGAAGCACACACCAUUCCAUAUUUGGCGGAACCUCGUCAUCAGGAGAAAUACAUCCUUUAUUGUGUCAAUACCGUAUUUCAUCUGGACCAUCGUUGAUUGGGUAAAUGGAUGUAGUUAGGUGUCUCUGCAGAAAAUCUUAUUAAACUAAAUAGAAAAAA